UCUGUCGGCAUGCAAGCGUCUGAUGAUGUUGAUCAGAAGUGUAAAAGUUGAUAAAACCGUAUAAAAUACUUUGGCAUAAAUUCAUUUGAAAAUUGCUAGAUGAAAGCCACGAAAAACGAGUUUUUUAGGCAGAUUUUUGAAAGUUGAUGUUGGUACUUUUUACGCAUGCGCAGUAAGCAGAAAAUAAGUCACCUUUUGUAUGCGACUUUGUAUUACAUGUCAAUGCUUCCUUUACUUGAUUUGAAGGUCGUGGGGAGGGUGGUGGUAAUGGCCGUAGUCAUGAAAUUGGUUACAGUCAAGGAGGCAGUGAUGAAUCCGGAACAAAUCAGAAAGAAAGUGAGUCAUUGGUGGAAAGUAAAGCUGGAAAUGGAGGAGAAAAUGGAAAUUCUAGCAGUUCUGAACCUGGUUUAGAAGAAGUUUAUAUUCGUUUCGAUGAAAAUGAAGUUUCAUCAAGUGCACACCUGAAUAUGAGAGCGGUAUUUUUACAUGUUUUGGGUGAUGCCCUGAACUCAUUGAUUGUUAUGGUUAGUGCUCUUAUAGUUUGGUUUGUGGACAAAGAUUGGGUGUACUAUGUGGACCCUGGAAUGAGUAUGAUUAUGGUGUGCAUAAUUCUUUCAACAACAAUUCCACUAUUAAAAGAAGCUGCACUAAUUUUACUGCUGACAGUGCCAACACAUAUACAGGUCACUGAUAUUAAAGAAAAAAUGAUGAAUCUAGAUGGAAUAGAAGCUGUGCACGAGCUCCAUGUGUGGCAGUUAGCGGGAAACAGAGUCAUAGCCUCAGCUCAUAUUCGAUGUCACAAUCCACAUGAAUAUAUGACUUUAGCAGGGAAAAUAAAAUAUAUAUUCCAUAAUGAAGGCAUAUAUUCCAUAACUAUACAGCCAGAAUUCUUAGAGGUAAAGUCCUAUUUGAAAAUUGUUAGCAAUUUAUACUCCUUGUAUGUUUACAUUAUAUUUUCAUGUAUGCAACAUUAAACUGAAUGUUUCUGCUUUGCUGAUUAUGCGUGAACUUCAUCUUAACCCUUAUCACGCUGGACACGAUUGAUUAGUGUAGAUUAUGAUCAGCCUGCAGUCUGAUCAUGAUCUGCACUGUUCGCCAUUUAGUCAGUAUCUUUUUGGUAAGCACCCCUUUUAACAGUUAAUGGAACUGUCCAAAUUGAAAGAUGGACAAGUUCAUUAUAGAAAUUUAGCAGGGUGAGGGAUAAGGCAUUAUUCUGUAAGUAUAUAUAUUCCAAAUA